CAACUGCCUGAACAUGCUAUAAAUACAAAGGCGAAAGUAAAACAUUUAUAAGUUGCAAUUCAACCGCACAUCGUAAAGCAUUUAAGAAAAAAAUGAGUUUCAUAGUUCAUGUUGGCUGCUUUCUCGUUGUUCUUGGAUGCAUUUCGGGGACAGGACACGCCGAAAAUAACGCUGAAUUCACGGCCAAAGCCCGCGAGAUGCUUGAAUUGUAUGCCAAUCCCUCGGCCGAUAAAAGUGCUCAGAGCCGAAAAAUUCCGGAAUUGGCUGAAUUCUAUGAGAAAUACAAAGAUCUGAUUGAUCUUACUGAUCAGGAACGGCAGCGAGCCAACGAUUUGCUGACGAGGUAUAAGGCGGAAAAAGCCAAGCAAGUCUAUGUGGAUGGUGUACCGCAACAGGGAGGGUUCUUUACGGCUUUGGGUGUGGGGCUUCUUGUCUCCGCGUCUACAGAAAUUGGGGUUGAAGUUUACAAACGAGCGACGUCUUCUUGCAGCACAAUCCAAAUAAGUCGAGAAAUGGGAAUCUGUGGUAUCCUUUUACUGAUCGCCCUUUAUAAAAUAAGGUCAAAACUCUAGUAGACAUUAUUUCUGAAUAUUUCUGAAUUUCGCAUAGCAAUGUUUUUAAGAGUAAUUUCACAUUUAUAAAUAAAAGGUAAUUUUCAAAAGAA